UUCAAGCAGUGUUUACCAGCUAAAAUGUAUUAUAUCAUCAGAGGUAGUGUCUUGCCAGAGCGCGAACCUGUUCAACAGGGACCAUUUCGCUACUGUGAGGAAGUGUUGUAGGUUUAGCCUUCAAAGCUGAACUCAAUCGGACUAAUCAUUGUACGGGGAGGACAUUUGGGAUUUGUGAUUCCCUGUACCUGUAACGAUGUCCACCACCACGAGUGUUGUAAUCACCAAGCAGCCCGUGUCCACGGCGGGAGUAACAGUCAUUGCCCUGGGUGUUUAUAAGAAGAACCCACGUGGGAAACCAAGGAUGUGGUCCACUCCGCUGUUUGCUUGCUUGGAAGACAUACCCAGCUGUGUGUUUGGCUGGUGUUUCCCGUGUAUUUUUGACUGUUUCGUAGCAUUCAAAAUGCGUGAGUGCUUUUGUAUUGGUUGUUGCUAUCCCUAUUCUACAGUGCUUAUGAGAUCCGUUGUUCGGGAGCGCCACAAUAUCAAUGGUUCAUUAUGCCGGGAUGUGUGUACAGUCUACUGGUGUGGUCCAUGCGCUCAAUGCCAGACUUAUCGUGAAGUCGAAAAUGUAAGAAUGGGGCGUAUCACACCGUAAAGAAGCCUAGAUUAAUAAUUAGGCACCAUAUCAAAACUUUUCCCGGACAACUUGUGGAAGGGUUUACCCGAAACCAUUUGGGAGCAACUGCUGGCUCCCAGUAGACAGCAAAUCUAAGUGUGUGCGGUUUUACCAAUAUUAAACAAACGGCCCAUAGAACUUUCCUGAAAGCUUUUACUGGAGCUUAUACAGAAUGCACAAUAUUUUGUUGAGGGAUAACAAAUUAGCUCCGGGAAAACUUUUCCGCAAGUUAUCCGGGAAAAGUUUAGAUAAAGUGCCCUAUAGUUAAAGUUACUGGGGUGGAUUUCACCAAGAGUUAUUAAGAUGACUCGAGUUAGGACGAGUUACUCAUCCUAACUUUGAC